AUGCUGGUCGCGUGUCUGAUCGCGGCGGCAGCGGGAUCGGCGCGAGCAGCGAGCGCCUUGGCCGUGAAUGGCGGCGCCGUGGUGGACGGCUACGUGCGGCUGGACGCUCUGAAGAUCAAAUCGACGGCUUUGAAGAUCCUGAUCAACGGCGGGGAUUCAGUGGCGUUUGUGCGAUCCAACGGCUACUUUUCCAUCGCUCUCGCUCCCGGCUCGCACACGCUGCAAGUCGCUGCUCCAGGGGCGUUCUUCCUGCCGGUCACGCUGCAAGUCAGUGCGAAGCAUGCAGGAAACUUCCGCGCAAUGGUGAUCCGAGAGCAGGGCCCUGCAAGCCUCUCCAUCGAUCCACUCAUCAUCUCGCCCUUCGCAGCUGAGGAGUAUUUCGAGAGGCGCGAGCCGUUCAGCAUAUGGACGAUAGUGAAGAGCCCCAUGGGCAUCAUGAUAUGCUUCGUGCUUCACUCACCCCCUGCCUUUCCUGUACCCCUUGCCACCAUGCUUCCCGCCUGCCUUACCACCAUGCUCUCAGAGGCGCCAGCCGUUCAGCAUAUGGACGAUAGUGAAGAGCCCCAUGGGCAUCAUGAUAUGCUUCAUGCUUGUCGUCAUGGUCGUCCUGCCUCGCCUUGCCGACUCCAUAGACCCAGAGGAGAUGAAGCAGAUGCAAGAGCAGAUGCAGCAGCAGCAGGUGCCGUCACUUUCAGGCCUCUUGAGUGGUAA